AAAACUGAACUUGUUAACAAAAGUCAUCUCUUUUUUUGAUUUUUGUUUUUAGUCAUCGUUACCGAGUUCUCGUUUGACACGAACAUUCAUCACACCGUUAAUAAAAAGAGAAACAAAAAAGCCAGUAUUUAGUAUUUACGAAGGAAAAUAAAAACGAAUUAUGAAAGGUGGUGGAGGAAUUGUACUUGUAGGAGUCAAGGGAAACUGUUGUUGGCUUAUCUUUGUUUUUCGAUUUUUGUUAUUAAUAUUAUUAUUGUUUUUCGGUUUGUUCUUUUAUUCUUCAAUCGUUGUUCUUUCUUUUCAAUCCCUCAUUGUACGCUGAUGCUUUUUCUUAUUUAUUAUGUUAUUUCUAAUUCUUUUUCAUCCCAGGAUAAUAAUCUUGUGCCUUUUCAAUCCUUGACUAUUACGGAAUUUUGGUUUAAGAGAGAGGAAGGUAGAGAUGAGACGGUAUAGAUAAGGGAAAAAUAUUGAUUCUUUUCGGUAGCCCUAAUUUUCUGUUUUGGUUCCUUUUUCUUGAGCGUUCUGGAUUUCUUCUGGGGGUUUGAAGGAGGUAACUUCAGGGAACCUUCGAUCUUGAUCGUUCUUCAAUGGAGGCCGAGUCUGUGUCUGACGGGGAGAAUAAUCGGAAAAGGGACGCCGCUGAUGAUUACAAUGACAACAAUAAUGGAAGUAACAAAAAAAUUGUAAAUUCCAAUGAAGGGCAGAGCAAGCCCAAGCGUCAGAUGAAGACUCCUUUCCAGCUUGAGGCUCUGGAGAAAGCUUAUGCUUUGGAGACUUACCCGUCGGAGGCGAUGAGGGCAGAACUGUCGCAGAAGUUGGGGCUGUCGGAUCGGCAAUUGCAGAUGUGGUUCUGCCAUAGGAGGUUGAAAGACAAGAAGGACGUGCCCAAGUCUUCAAGAAAGGCGCCACCGCCGUUGCCCGCUUCACCGACGGACGAGUUGAGGAUGGAGACUGAACUUGCCAAUGAUUAUGGAUCCGGGUCGGGUUCGGGCUCAAGCCCGUUUACUCGUUCAGAAUUGCGGAAUGUAGUACCUAGGGGUGUUCCUGGGUACUAUGAGUCGCAGCAGGCUCUUAUGGAGCUCAGAGCAAUUGCUUGUGUGGAGGCGCAGUUAGGAGAACCCUUAAGGGAGGAUGGACCUAUUUUAGGAAUUGAGUUUGAUCCAUUGCCGCCAGAUGCAUUUGGAGCACCUAUCGCAGUUAAUGAGCAGCAGAAGCGGCCUAGUCUUGGCUUUGAUAGUAAAGUCUAUGAAAGACACGAUGUUAGAACAAACAAGGCUAUGACAAGGGCCUUCCAUGAAUAUCCAUUUCUCCCAACCACUCCAGUAUUAGAUCUGAUGCUUAUGGACAAUUGACACAAUCUCAUUUACUUGAUCCGAUGGAUGGUCCAGCCAGAACUCCGUCUUUUGUAGUAAAAAUGAACAGCUUCCCAGGAUUCAUGCUGCCCAAGGCCAUUCGUCACGUGUUCGUGUUUCAUCUCUACAAGAUAAGCAAGGGCUUCCCUUUCCGUCGCCCUCUCGUGAUGAUGAUGGCCCUUCUCAAAGGGAAUCUUACCCAAACCUAAAUAUUGGAAUGAACUCUCACUUUACUGAUCACCCAAUUGUUGGACCAGAAAACCCUUAUGGGGUAGUUGGUGGACAAAUCUUCCCUAGCGAUGCAAUAUUACGGUUGACAGAAACGAAAGAGUGAUGAUUCUAGAACUGCAAGAGAAGCUGAAGCCCAUGAGAUGAGGAUCCAGAAGGAGAUAGAGAAACAAGAUAACAUUAGGCGAAAG